AUGGACCUCUCUCGAUAUGCGAAUGUUACGUGGCCUCGACAGCGUGUACCUCGUGUAAUCCAUCAAACUUAUCGUACGUAUGAUAUACCUGCAAUUUGGAAUACAUCGGUACAGUCGGUAAUUACGAUGAAUGCUGGUGACUCUAAGUAUCGUCGAUGGUCGCAUGCAGAUAUGGAUGCGUUUGUUCAACAACAUGAACCCCAUUUCUAUCGGAAUACUUUUGUCAAUUACCGAUAUGAUAUGCAGCGUAUCGAUUCGUUUCGAUACGUAUUAAUGUUUUACUUAGGUGGUAUCUACAUCGACAUGGACAACGGUUGUCAUCGUCCUUUGCGUGAAUUUGUAGCCACUAUGGAGGCACUUGAUCCAGACUCGCCUCAUCUUGCUCUUUUUCCAGCUGAAGAUACAUUCGGUGUUCAAACCGAUUUCGUAGUUAGUACUGCUGGUCAUCCAAUAUAUAAGCAGUUUAUUUCACGAUUGUCUCAGUUCAAUCAUAAUUUUCUCAUUCAUCAUAUUACUAUAUUACUUAGUGCUGGUCCACUCUAUGCUACUUUCCAAGAACGCUUUUUCCAUCAGACAGACAAACAAGUUGUACGAAUAUUGGAUAAUCAGAUCUAUCGUUCCACGUUUUGGAAGACAAAUGGAGGUACCUGGUUUGGUCGCGAUACUUUAGUGAUACUCUAUGUUUUUUACCAUAGAAAUCGUAUUUUGUGGUAUAGCAAAAUAUUGGCUAUUUGUCUUGCUGUUCUUUUUAUUGUGAUCAAGUUUUAUAGAAAAUGGUGA